GCAAAUGGAGAGAGAAAGGGAAAAGGGCUGAUAAAAAAAUAAAAGGGUGUCUUUCUUUCACUUUUCACAAGAUAUACCUAUAAAAAAAGAUGGAAGUGUCCGAUUAUAUCAAUAGUGCAAAGACGUUUGCAGAAAAAGCAGCGAAACUUUCGCAAAAGAUGUCUCAGGGGCUUGUGGACAAUGCGCGUGAAUUAGGGUUCCCUGGUAGCGAGAGUGGAGCACAGUAUUUCGACACUUCAGAAGAAAAGAUGCGCAACAUUAAACGACAAUUGGAUUCAAAAAACGAUCGAGAGAAACUGGAUGGCCUGAAACGCCUGAUUGCCAUGAUAUCCAAGGGCAGAGAUGUGUCCGAGUUUUUCCCAGAUGUGGUAAAGAAUGUGGUCUCGCAAAACAUUGAGAUUCGAAAACUGGUGUAUAUUUUCUUAUUGCGUUAUGCCGAGCAAGAACCCGACUUGGCAUUGUUGUCCAUCAAUUCGUUUCAAAAAGAUCUCAGCGACAAGAACCAGAUCAUUCGUGCCAUGGCAUUACGUGUUAUGAGUGGCAUUCGCGUGCCGGUCAUUAGUCCUAUUGUCUUGCUCGGUAUCAAGAAGUGCAUUACCGAUCCCAGUCCCUAUGUAAGAAAGACCGCAGCGCAUGCUAUACCCAAAUGCUACAGUUUGGACUCGUCUCAAAAGGAAUCACUUGUCGAAGUCAUUGCUACAUUAUUAAAGGAUAGAUCGAACAUAGUGAUUGGAAGCACGAUCAUGGCAUUUAACGAGGUGUGUCCCAACCGCUUUGAUUUGAUCCAUCCUUGUUUCCGAAAGUUAUGUUCUUUACUGGGUGAUUGUGAUGAAUGGGGACAAAUGUCUAUUCUGGGUGUCCUGAUACGUUAUGGUCGAAAUCAAUUUUUAAACCCUAACCCUAACGGCGAAGAUGAAUCUCGAGUACAGCCCAAGAAACAAAUUAUUGCCAACAACAAGUCAUUUUAUUCGUCUUCAGAUGAUUCGGACAAGUCAGACACAGAUGAAGUGGAGAUUGAUCAUGUGGUAGAGCUGGAUGUAGAUCAUGAGUUGUUGUUAAAGAGUUGUAUCCCCUUGUUACAGAGUCGUAAUAGUGGUGUGGUAUUAGCAGUGGCUAAAUUAUUCUAUUAUUUAUCCCCUGCCACAGAAGCAGAAAAGAUUGCUAAACCCCUCGUACGUCUCCUGCGAUCACACCGUGAACAAUCCUAUGUGGUGCUUUCCAACAUUGCCACCAUGUCCCUUAAACGUCCUUAUCUUUUUGAAUCCUCGUUCCAACAUUUUUAUACGCAAUCCUCCGAACCCGUGUUUAUACGUGAUACGAAAUUGGAUAUACUGACGACGAUUGCCACGGAAGCGAAUAUUCAUACGUUAUUAACAGAACUUCAGCAAUAUGUCAAGAGUCCCAACAAGGAUUUUGUGGCAGCUACAAUUCAAGCGAUUGCACGAUGUGCUACGACUGUACCCACAGCUUCUGACAAAUGUCUUCGUUUAUUAAUGAAACUCCUUCGUAGCCGAAAUGAACUGGUGGUGGCAGAGAGUGUGUUGGUGUUGACGCGUUUGUUACAGGUACCCAAUGAUGAGCGAUCGAAAUCAGUGAUUGCGCUUGUAAAGUUACUAGAGACACUUCAGGUGCCUAUGGCGCGUGCGAAUAUUUUGUGGCUGGUAGGACAAUACGCCGAGACAUUACCUAAAGUGGGACCUGAUGUAUUGCGUCAAGCGGUCAAGAAUUUUGUAAAGGAGGAUAAUAUUACGAAAUUGCAGAUUUUGACACUGUCGGCCAAGCUGAUUUGUUUGAAUCCAAUGCAUGAGGUAUUGAAUCUUUUGAAUCAGUAUGUGCUGAAUUUGGCUAGAUACGAUACGGAUUACGAUGUGAGAGAUCGCGCACGGUUUUUACGUGCGUUGACUAUACCUAAUGGAGGAGAAGGAAAGGCUGGAUUGAUUCAAUUAAAAGAACACCUGAAGGAAAUUUUAUUAUCCAACAAGGAACCUCCUGUGAUCGAAAGUGAAGUCCAGAGUGCGGCAGAUUAUAAUAUCGGCUCACUUUCAUUAUUGGCGCACCAGCCUCUCCCUGGUUACGAGCCAUUGCCUGAUUUCCCUGAAGAGCAACCUGAUGCCAGCACACGUGAUGUAGAGGAAAUGGAAGGAUGGAGUGGUAGCCGAACGGUGGUGAUGGAAUCUGGAUUUGGAAGCGAGAGUUUUGACAAUAAAUAUCGCAACAGUCGAUUCUCGGGUGCAGGUGGAUCUACCGCCUUGUCUAAUAUUGAAGCGAUGGGUAGUUCAUCUAUGUACUCACCUUCAUCCUCUACUAUGAAAAAGAAGGGCAAUGACUAUGAUUUAGAUGCGUUCUAUGAUGAAUCUAGCGAAGAAGAGGAAUCGUCGUCAGAGGAAGAAGAAUCAUCGUCGGAGGAAGAGAGUGACUAUAGUGAUAGCUCAAGCGAAGAAGAAGAAGAGGAGGAAGACGAGAAGAGCCAUAGGAAGUAAUGAAAUAAAAUAAUAAUAAUAAAAAACAGAAGGUUCUAGAUUUACAUAGGGAGUAUUGUGUUAUUGUGUGAUCAGGUGAAAGGGAAUCUGGA